UAUACAGUGUACGUAGCGUGGCACAGGAGAAACUGCAAAGCUUUGUAUCAGUUGCUCCCGUUUCUGCUGCUGAUUGCAAGGUGCUGCUGCUCUUCGCAUUUUCACAGCUCCAGAAUCCUCAGCCGUGCUCUGGUCUGCUCACAGCCAUCCUCUCCCUAUGGAACCACCUUCGCUACCUACACACUGUGGGAUCUCAUAGUACUGCCUGCCCUGGACACUGCCAUUCUCUCUCACUGCAAACUGUGUGUUCUGGACCCUGCAGCCCGUAUGACUGGAACAUGCCUUAAGAGUCCCUCAGCUGCACAUCCUCCCUUGUGCUUGGUGGGGGACUCCUGCAGCAGGAUCUUCUGAUCCAGACCAGGAUGGGAUUUACAGGGAGAAGCCAAAACUGAGCUGCAUUCAGCGAGAUGCCCAACGCCUCUUCCUGGAGUGCCAGCUCGCCUCUGCUGCUGCUCUGGGAGGACUCCUCUGGGACCCGCAUCUUCCUCUCGCUGCUCUAUGCAGUCUUGGCUAUCUCGGGGACCUUAUCCAAUGUGAUGGUCAUCUAUUUGGUCUUCUCCUUCAAGAAGCUGCAGACAACCAGCAAUGCCUUCAUCGUGAACGGCUGCGCGGCAGACCUGAGCGUGUGCGCCCUGUGGAUGCCCCAGGAGGCUGUGCUGGGGCUGCUGCCUCCCAACUCCUCCUCCCUUCGCUCCGCAGAGUACCGGCUGCUGCGAGGGGGGCUCCUGGGCCUCGGCCUCACCGUGUCCCUCGCCUCUCACCUGCUGGUGGCCUUCAACAGGUACGUGCUCAUCACCAAGCUGCCCAGCGUGUACCAGGCCCUCUACCAGCGGAGACACACGGGCUGCAUGAUCGGGCUUUCCUGGGCCCUCGCGCUGCUCCUGGUCCCGCUGCUGCCCGGGCUCUGGACUCCAGGCUCUGCCCAGCACCCGCCGCUGCGGCAGACGGACGGCAGCUCCCGCUACACCGCGCUGCUCCUCGCCCUUGCCGUGCUGGGCCAGACGGCGCUGCUGUUACACUGCUACCUCGGCAUCGUGCGGCGGGUGCGGGGCAGUGCCAAGCGGGUCAGCGUCCUCAACUUCCACCUCCUGCAUCAGCUGCCCUUCCCCGCAGCGCCGCCGCCGCCCCGCCGCUCCCAGCGCCGCCUCAGCAGCGUCUCCGUCCUGCUGCUGUGCUGCGUGUUCCUGCUGGGCACGCAGCCGCUGGUCUGGGUCAGCCUCCUGGGCUUCUUCCUGCGCCCGGCGCCGCCGGCGCUACAGGCCGCCAGCUGGCUGCUGCUCUGCGCCCUCUCGGCCCUCAACCCGCUGCUCUACACGUGGCGCAGCGAGGAGUUCCGCCGGGCGGCCCGCUCCGUCCUGCCCCGCGCCGACGGGCCCGCUGCCGCACCGCGGCCCGCCUCGUCCGCCGCCGGCCCCGCCGCCGCACCGCCCUGUCCGCAGCUGCCGAGGCGGCGAGGCACGGGGAGCAGCGCCAGCGGCAGCGCCGCGCCGCGCUGA